AUGAGUAUCGAAAAAGGCAAUCACGAGGAGCCAACUGCAGAAGAGAGGUCCGUUAUUAUUUUUGGGAUCUUUUGUAUUAUCAAAGGGUCCUCUCGCAAAGAACCAGUUCCGAAGAUAGAACUAGCUUCUAUGGAUUUCGCGGUGCUUAAUAUCACAGACACUCGUUUAAGUGCAAAGUGGGAUGUGUCGAUACGGAUCCCCUGCGAUCUUCCUGGUCGCUAUAUAUGUCUUCAAGGAGACUUUCAAGCUUCCUUCAUGUACAAGGAUGUUACUCUUGCUACCUCUUCCCCACAAAAGUACAAAGAUCUCCAACACGGUGAACCUCAGGUUCUUAAGGUUUCAGCAGGUGUCUCGGGAGAAGAUAUUGGUGGUUUGAUAGUUAAAGAUAUAACUGAAGAUAUGAAAGAGAAGAAGGAAGUGCGGUUCGGAACGCGUUUUUAUCUCACUGAUUGCAGGGAAAAGACAACUGGUACUAUGAGAUACGCAUGUGACGAUGUCACCUUGCGAUUCGAACCAGGUUCCGAGAUGAAGGCGGCUUUGUUUGGGAAGAACCCUAGAUGCGUCUAUUAUUGA